AGUCGACUUGACGUUUCAACAUAACAAUAUGCCACAACCUAUCGGGUUUGGUUUUGAUAAUCAGUAACAUACACCAACAAUGCGUCUACCUAAUUUUAUAAAUAAUUCAGGAACAAUCUCAUGAUAAAGAACAUAAACAAAAGAUCACUGAUAAUUCAAUGGAGGCAAAGCUUGAGGCUUACAGAACGAAAAAACGUAGAGAAGCAAUGGUGGAAAAAGCGAAAAAUUCUAUAAAAGGUGCUUUCUCUUGGCAGGAACAGUCAGUCCCUUUGAUGUCACCAAAACUUGAGGAUACAGAUGACCUGGACAGUAUUGCCUCUGAAGAGAGCAUCGACAUAUCACCGCAGAGAAGCUCAACAAUUACACAAGUGACUUAUUUUUUAUAUUUCCUCUUGUGGGCAACACUAUACGUGAUAGCACUGCAGUUUGAGUUCGGCGCUGUUUAUUUUAUACUCUCAGCUUUAAUAUUCAUAUGGAAAAAUACAAGGUCUGGCCCGAGGAAGAAAGGAGAAGUCAGUGCUUACUCUGUUUUCAAUCCAAACUGCGAAGCAAUUCAGGGAUCUAUCAAUAUGGAACAAAUCGAACGAGAGAUGGGAUGGGGUACGCACAGUUGAAUUAUAUAAAUUAUUCAGGGCUUGACAAUGGGAUAAUUUAUGUUAAACAUUGAAAGUUUGGUGAUGAAAAUGAUGUGAAUUAGAACGAAAACUGAACAGUUGAAAAGAAAUGAAUUAAUUGACUAAUUGAUGGGCAUGUCUUUGUUGA